AUGAUUCCAGCUUUAUCGAAGUUCAUAAUAUUUUGUAGUUUUAAGACAAUGUGUCGUCUUAUAUCAAGAGAUUUGCAAAAGAACUAUUCAACCGGCAAACCAAUUAGCUUAACGAAACUCGAGAACCUGCUUUAUGCAGGAGCUGGAAAAGUAGAAUUUUCCAAUCUUAUUAAGUCUGGAGUUGUUACAGAUUCAUGUCCUGUCAAGACUGUUUUCGUGAAUCAAUUAGCUGCUAACAACCCUAUUGAAGACCGAUGGAAUGUCGGUUUAACAGAAAUGAAGGAUCCUGCAUCAAGUUGUUUAUUCACCGUACUUGAUGGUCAUUCAGGUACAGCAUGCGUACAUGCACUUGUUUGGAGUCUGCUAGAUUAUAUGUGCGCUUCUCUAAUGUUGAAGGAAAAUCUUAAUAUAGCCUUGGAACAAUUACAUUCCUGCGGGUUACAACAUCCUUAUCACUUACUGCAUCGUUUAGAUUUUGUUUCACCAAAAAAUGAUAAACAACAUUUGAAUAAUUUUGCUGGACCUCCAUCGAAACUUCUGUCAGCUUAUAUGCGUGGUUGUCUUAGACAGUAUAUGGAAGAUUUAUAUAAUCAACCUAAUCGAACUAUAAAUCCAACUGAAUGCUUCAUUGAUGCUUUUAAACGCAUUGAUGAUGAUUUAUGCUCAGUGAAUUUUCCAAAUAUCCUUUUUGAUGGUCAAACCACCACCACACUGUUACCCUUUUCCUCGGAUGAAAGCGCAAACAACUCUCUGAAUACCUCAUUAGCCCGUGAUUUAAUGCGUGUUAAUUUAAGCGGAUCUGUUGGCAUAGCUGGUUAUCUACACUGGCAUGAUAAGUUGAGUAAUCGUCCUACUGAAUUAUAUCUAGCUAAUACUGGUGAUUGUGGUGCUGUUCUACUCAGAGAAGUACAAUCAUCGUCGUCGUCAUCAUCAUCAUCAUCAAAUGUUGAAAUGGAUAAAGGAAAAGGUGAUAAAGUAUUGCUCACUCCAAUCAAAUGUACUAAAUCACAUAAUGGCAAUUGUAACCCUGAUGAGAUAAAUCGUAUAGCUAAAGAGCAUCCAGAAAAUUCAAUUUCAGAAUUAUUCAGAGAAGAUGGACGUUUAUUGGGAGAAUUAGCACCGUGUAGAUCAUUUGGUGAUGUUCGAUAUAAAUGGCCUUUAGAACGUUUACUUAGAUUAACACGAUUUUUUGAAAUGGUUUCAUUAACAUUUAGUCGUGAAUGGUUACCGUUGCCACGUCCGUAUACUAGUCCACCGUAUUUAACUGCUCUACCAGAAGUAACACGAAUUGAGAUUACACCCGAAGAUCGUUAUCUUAUACUGGCUACCGAUGGUCUAUGGGAUAUGUUAACUGUAGAACAAAUCGCUGCCCAACUAACUGAUAUACUCGAGUUGAAAAAUCAACAAGAAUUCUAUUGUCCAGCAACACAACUUCUUUGGUCUACACUAACCAAUGUACCUGUACAAAUGUCUAGAGCAAUUCUACCGGUUUAA